CUGCAACUUGCAAAACUUCUACAUACUACAUACAACCCUACAUACAAUUCCCAUUCUUCAAUGUAUCCGAUUUUGUAGCUCCCUCUAUUAUUUAUAAUUGUCUCUAUAAUUGGUCCGAUACUUGGCAACCCACGAUCAUGGACAAUACUAUCACCCCUUCAGUGGAAGGGCUUUUACCUGACUCGCUUGAACUACCUGUUGAUGGACCCUUGUCAAUCUCUGAUCCAGCUGAAGUUUUCGGCGUCGAAGCUCCGUCGCCGCACAUUCCCACAGAUCUCCCCGAGGAUAUCUCGACCGGUACUAGCCAUAGUGAAGCUGGUAGCCUGAAGCGAUCUAGACCUCAUGACGAAGCUGACGACGGAUGGCAAACCGUAAGCAAGCGCUCGUCCAAGAAGUCGAAAAAGGAGAACAAGGAAAAGAAGAUUCCCGCGCCUCAAUCAAGCAAUUACCCUUCAAUCACCUUCAAUCACAAUGCCAAGCUCCAAUCCAAGAUCGCGCUCGACUCGCUGCGAAACCUCAUCCUUUACAUCUUUGCAGAAGGUGCAGCUCCUCAAUGGGUCGCAAUCUCUCAGCGGCCACAAUUUCGAAAGAUUGUCGCCAUCAUGGUACCAGGUCUAGAAGAGGCCAUGUUCAAGCAGGACGUCGAUUUCGCGACAUAUAAUGACCAGCCUUUUGAUUCGGACCAGAGACCUCGGGUUUUAACAUCUCCGGAUGACUAUUAUCCGCGACUUCUCAAGAAGAACGAGCUUCCUGAGAUUUUGAAAGAUUUCGCAGACAUGUUCAGUCACCUGUGGCCCGUCAGGACUCCCGGCAACGAGAAAUAUGGUACUAUCCGCUCACCACUCGGCACCGUACUCACGGCGCCGACCGAGAAGACGAAAGAAGAGAAGAGCCAACGGGGCGUACAGCCUGCGAGGGAGCCGAAGGGUUGGAAGGAUGAGCGCACAAGGAUCACCGAGUUUCUAACGAUGCCAGAAGACUUCCUAGCAAACGGGUACGUAUUACAUCCCGCCUGCAUACCAGCGGAGCGGCGCAAAAACUUUCAAGAUCUAGAAGGAUGGGUUCAUACCAACGUGGAGAACCUUGAAGAUGGAGACGUUCCCGAAGAGGAAAUCCAACAAGGAAGUGUCACGGCGGGUCGAGAAAUUCUGGCUCUCGACUGUGAGAUGUGCGUGACGGGGCCCGAUGAGUACUCCCUUACGAGGAUCAGCCUCGUAGGUUGGGAUGGAACUAUUGUUCUCGACGAGCUGGUCAAGCCAGAUAAGCCGAUCCUCGACUAUGUCACUCGUUUCUCUGGCAUCACGGAGCAGAUGUUAGCCCCUGUGACCACUACACUUGGAGACAUACAGGCCAAGCUUCUACAAAUUCUCCAUCCACGCACGAUCCUUGUAGGACAUUCUCUAGAGUCGGAUCUAAAAGCGCUCCGGCUUACUCACCCGUUUGUCGUUGACACUGCUAUUCUCUUUCCACAUAACCGAGGGCCUCCUUUGAAAAACAGUCUUAAGUUCUUAUCACAGCGCUUUCUGAAGCGUGAGAUUCAGAAGGGCAUAAUGGGGCACGAUUCCAUAGAGGACGCAAAGGCAUGUUUGGACCUUGUGAAACAGAAAUGCGAAAAGGGAAAAGCUUGGGGGAAUCAGGACUCGGGUGAAAAUCUAUUCCGACGGCUGACGAGAACGGGGAAGGCUUACCGCGCAAAUGGCGGGGUUGAAGCCAAAGGGGGCGUUCAAGUUGGCAAGACGAGCGCUAUGAUUGACUGGGGCGACCCAAUGAAGGGUGCCGGAGCAGCUUCGACGUUCCCGAUCGGGUGCAACUCGGACGAAGAAGUGGCGGAAGCUAUCAUGCGUGCAGUACAAGGCGAUCCCGCCGGAGAAGAGAUACCUUUUGGCGGUGUUGACUUUGUGUUUGCCCGGUUCCGUGAGCUAGAGGCAUUCCAGGGGUGGUGGAAUGGGAAGAGCGACUUUCCGCCUCCUGAUCUUUCCAACAUGUCCCUCGAAACAUGUGUUCAGAACCUCACCCAACGAAUCAAGCGCAUAUACGAUUCCUUACCGCCGUGUACGGGUUUCAUCGUUUUCAGCGGUUCCGGCGACCCGCGCGAGAUGGCGCGCCUGCAAGCCAUGCAGGCUCAGUUUAAGAAAGAAUACAACACACCCGGCAGCAACUGGGACAAUUUAAGCGUGAAAUGGACGGACAGGGAGGACCAGGCGCUGAAGAAGGCAGUUAGCGUCGCGCGUAACGGCAUCGGUUUCAUCGGAGUCAAAUGAAAUAAAAGUUAGCUUCCGUGUAACUUUUCUUUUUAUACAUAUAGGCCAAUCCGCCGUGUUUCGUGUUUUUUUCAGUUUCAUCGUUCCGGAAGCAUGUACGGCAAUGGGUAGGCGAUAUAUGAGAUACGAGCUACGAGCUACGAAUCGUGUUUGGUAUUGGUAUUCUAAGAUACCCCCAAUUUCUAUUAUUCUUCGUCAGGGAUAGCUACCUUUGGUAGUUGAUAGUUCUGCGAAGCAGGUAGUUGGGCUUUUUUUCUAGCUACCUACCUCUACCUAAGGUUACUUGUGCUGUAUGGGUCAGCAUGACCUAGGUAGAUACAGUCCUAUUUCGAGAGCUUAGGUAUAGGCAUCUAAUGAUAUAACUAUUUUUAUGCCGGCGAA